UCGCGAAAGGUGAGCGACGCCAGCCGAAAGCUGCGGCAGCCGACAGAAUAAAAAAAAAAAAAAAAAAAUAUACGACGCGUGUGUUCAGCAGGCGUAUUGCAUCACUGGAAGAGUGCUGCGCUCAUUCUAAAGAUACCUGCCUAGAGUUUCACUUUGUGAGCGUUACAAAAGCGUUUCGACAAUCGCGAGGAGUUGCGAAGUCUGCUGCCGGGGUCGAAAUAGGAGGUGCUCACCCAAUUCCGCAGGCGACGACAAAACGCGACAUGAAAACAGUCUUCGUCACCGUGGGCACAACGUCAUUCGAUGACCUAAUUGACACCAUCAUCUCGUCGGACGUUCUUAACGUCUUGAAAUCUCAGGGGUACACCAAAAUACUCCUUCAAGUUGGGAAAGGCAACACUCCAAAGGUGGACAGUUACGUGGAACCGUCCGUGGAGAGCUACAACUUUAAAGAUUCCAUUACAAGAGACAUAAAUGAAGCCUCUUUGGUGAUCAGCCAUGCAGGAGCAGGCAGCAUUCUGCAAGCACUGAGAGCUGGAAAGAAACUGAUAGCGGUGGUGAAUGAGUCGUUGCUGAGCAAUCACCAGAGUGAGCUUGCCAGCCAGUUGCACAAGGAGGGCUACCUCCUUUGCUGCACUUGUGGGGAACUGCAGAAGACGCUCGAGGAGAUGGAACCCAGCCGGCUCAGAACCUUCCCAGAAGCCAACCUGAGCCGAUUCCCACAACUUCUCGAUGGCAUCAUGGGCUGGUCGGCAUAGAAACCGUGCCGCCGUUUGUCCAGAGUCUCGUGGGCUGGUCACAGAAGCUCCAGUUGUGUUCAUUUCUACACUUCGCAGGCAACAACGAGCCAAGAGUGACAGGCUAUGACCAGCUGUACCCUUCAUUUUUCUAACGCAAUUGUCGUUUGCUGCAAUACUAUUGAUUGGCCGAAAGAAGCUCGGGGCAUGCAGUCAGGCCUGCCAUUUUUCGCUUGUCAGAAACCGACGAUAUUAUCCCUCCUUUAUAAGCGAAAACAAUGUCUGCAAUGAGGUGAAUUGAACGACGCUUUUAAGACUUAUUUAUGUUAGGUUUGGUCAAUCUAGAUGUUUUAGAUAUAUUACGAGUCAUUAAAAUGAACAUAUCCAUUGCUCGCAGAGUUCUCCUCUCCGAGUUGUACGUAUUUGGACUGUCCCAUAAAGAGUGUUAAUAAACUCCUUCAAACUACUG